CCCUGUAAACUGCAGUCCCCGGCAGCAGCAGCGCAGCCUUUCAGCGCCUCCUCACAGGUUGAGCGGUAGCGGCGAUUAUUCUCGGCUUAAAGAGAAACCAGUUACCGCGGGACUGGAGCUGAGCCCUUAUUGUGGGAGUUUGGUGCAACUUUACCGCUGAAGGACUCGACAGCUGGAAGCUCAGCAGACUUUCCAGCCUGUGGUCAUGGAAUAGAGAAGCGGAGAGCAACCGGGCGUUAGGCCUGCGGAUCACUGACGUUAGCCAGCCGAGCUAACUGAGCUAGCUGAUGAGAGGCGGUCUAUCCUUGUUUGGGUCGCUGUGCUAACUAGCUAGGUGCUAUUUUUUGUUAGCAUAACAGACAGCCAGCCAGGAUUGAUAGGCUGUUUUGAUGCGGAUAUAUUGAAGGAACCUGCUGGUGUGCACUACUAUUAGCUGAACUUUCUUGAAGUAGUAAGUUAUAAGUUAAAGUUAACCUUCUGAGCUAAUGUUGUAACGAUAUAGUGAGGGAGCUAGCGAGCAACGUCUUUGUCAUACAAAGUUGAGCUUUUGAUUUGGGCAGAAGGAUGAUUUGUGAGAUAAAUUAAUUGUAUUUUUUUAUUACAAGGGAUUGUAUGUUGAUGAACAAACAUCCGAUAGACGCAGUCCAGAUCACACAGUCUCUCUGCCCCUCAUCGGGACUACAAAUAAAACCUUUUUCGGACCCCGUCGCACCGACCACUGUCUCUUGUCUUCGGCUGGCUUCAGUGGCUGGCCACACGGCACCGAGUGCCCAAUGGAGGAACAUGACAACAUGGACUAUUUUUACCAGCAGGUAGUGCAGAAAGACGUUACCCGCAGGUUGCAGGUCGGUCAGGACCUCAUUGACUACCUGAACGACCCGCAGCGCUCCCCGGACGUGGAGCAGGACAAACCCCGGCUGGAUAAGACUGUGGACGAGCUAACGGGAUGGGUGAACGCCAGCAAUUUCAAGGUGGCAUUGUUGGGGAUAGACAUCUGUGGUGCGUUUGUGGAGCGUAUGGGAGAGCGCUUCAAAGGAUACCUGGGCACAGUUCUGCCAGCUUUGGUGGACAGGCUGGGUGACGGGAAGGACCAGGUCAGGGAGAACAGCCAAGCUCUCAUCCUUCGCUGUAUGGAGCAGACUGCCUCGCCCAUGUACGUUUGGGAAAGGCUACUUCCUGGUUUUAAACACAAGAACUUCCGCAGUCGAGAAGGAAUCUGCCUCUGUCUCAGUGCCACGCUCAGCACGUAUGGAGCCCAGCAACUAAGCCUCAGUAAACUAGUUCCUCAUCUCUGCUCUUUGAGUGGAGACCAGAACCCGCAGGUACGUGAGGCCUCCAUAACAACAUUGGUGGAUAUUUAUCGCCACGUUGGAGACAAGGUCAGAAUCGACCUGGGAAAGAGAGGACUCCCUGCUGCACGGUUACAGACGUUAUUUGCUCGUUUUGAUGAAGCCUUGAAUUCAGGCAACAUGGCUCUCAGCCCGAGUCACGAUCGUAGUUUUGAGGACGAUGACAGCGUGGAUGGGAAUCGUUCUUCUUCGGCCCAGGCUGCCUUCAAGGUCCCAAAAGUUCCCAAGAAACCUGCAGAGACCUCUGCUGCACGCAGGCCCAGUGCUACCGGUGGCAAGCUAGUAUCUAAGGACAGUGCCGGUGUAAUUGAAGAAGAGGACUUCAUUAAAUCCUUCACAGAUGUCCCUGCAGUCCAGAUCUACUCAUCAAGGGAUCUUGAGGACAACCUGAAUAAGAUCCGUGAGAUUUGCUCUGAUGACAAACACGACUGGGACCAGAGAGCCCUUGCUCUGAAGAAGAUCCGCUCACUGUUGGUGGCUGGUGCAGCCACCUACGACUGUUUCUUCCAGCACCUACGGCUCCUGGAUGGAGCCUUCAAACUGUCAGCUAAAGACCUGCGCUCGCAAGUUGUCCGAGAGGCCUGCAUGACUGUGGCCCACCUCUCUACGGUGCUGGGGAAUAAAUUUGACCAUGGAGCGGAAGCAAUCGUUCCCGUUCUUUUCAACCUCAUCCCCAACUGUGCCAAAGUCAUGGCCACCUCCGGUGUGUCGGCUAUCCGCAUCAUCAUACGGCACACCCAUGUCCCCAGACUCAUCCCCCUGAUAACCAGUAACUGCACAUCUAAGUCCGUGGCUGUUAGAAGGCGCUGUUAUGAUUUCUUGGACCUUCUACUACAGGAAUGGCAAACCCACUCUUUAGAGAGGCACACAGCAGUUCUGGUUGAGAGCAUCAAGAAGGGCAUUCGAGAUGCAGACUCAGAGGCCAGAGUUGAGGCCCGCAAGGCCUACUGGGGUCUGAGGAACCACUUUCCAGGGGAGGCCGAUGCUCUCUACAACUCCUUGGAGCCGUCUUACCAGAGGACCCUUCAGUCCUGCCUGAAGAGCUCUGGCAGCGUGGCCUCACUUCCCCAGAGUGACCGCUCCUCAUCCUCAUCUCAAGAGAGCCUCAAUCGGCCUCUGACUUCUAAAUGGUCGGCAGCUCCAGGGCGAGUCCCUGCGGGUUCAAAGGGUGGGAUGUCGUCGGCCUCCCUGCAGCGUUCCCGUAGCGAUGUGGAUGUAAACGCAGCAGCAGUCGCUAAGCACCGGCACGUCGGACAGGCCAGGGCAACGGGGCGUCUGCCCCCUGGCUCCUACUCCUCACUGGAUGAUGCCUCUGAUAAAACGGAUGGCCGUGUACGUACCAAGCAGCCAUUAUCCACUCCCAGCGGCAUGUCCGGCCAGGUGGACUCACGAGGACGCAGCCGCACCAAGAUGGUCUCCCAGUCACAACGUUCCGACGAAUCCGAUUGCACACCAGGAUCUCAGUCUGCUACCCCUGUUGGUGCUGGCAGUCGGAGUGGCUCUCCAGGUCGUGUGCUGACGAGUACGGCCCUGAGCACCAUGAGCUCGGGGGCCCACCGGGUGCUGGCUGGGGCCACCGGAGACGGGCACAGACGCAGCCGCAUCCCCCGCAGCCAGGGCUGCUCCAGAGACUCUUCCCCCACCCGCCUGUCUGUUGCUCCUUCCAGCAUUAGUUCCAUCUACAACGGAGCGAGCAGAGGAGCUCGGGGCAGUCGUAUCCCCCGGCCCAGUAUGAGUCAGGGCUGCAGCAGAGAGGCCAGCAGGGAGAGCAGCCGGGACACCAGCCCCAUACGCUCCUUCACACCCCUUGCGACGCGGAGCUACUCUCGCUCCACCGGAGCUCUCCACACCCCAGACACUUUUGGGGCUGCAGGAUCAGGUUAUAGCAUCAGUCAGUCCAGUCGUCUCUCUUCUUCGGUCAGUGCCAUGAGGGUCCUCAACACGGGCUCAGACGUAGAAGAGGCUCUCGCAGAUGCACUGCUGUUGGGAGACAUGCGGUCCAAGAAGAAGCCAGCAAGGCGGCGGUACGAAAACUACGGCAUGUACUCCGACGAUGACGCUAACAGCGAUGCAUCCAGCGCGUGUUCAGAGAGGUCCUACAGCUCCAGGAAUGGAGGCGCCAUCCCCACAUACAUGAGACAGACAGAAGACGUAGCUGAGGUGCUGAACCGUUGUGCCAGUGCGAACUGGUCAGAAAGGAAGGAGGGGCUGUUGGGCCUACAGGCCCUGCUCAAGAACCAACGCACCCUCAGUCGGGUAGAGCUGAAGCGGCUGUGUGAAAUCUUCACCAGGAUGUUUGCUGACCCUCACAGUAAGCGAGACUCCGGCAGGGUGUACGGCACAGCAGAAUCCGGUAUAAGCUCAGCCUCCUUCAAGAGAGUGUUCAGUAUGUUCCUGGAGACACUGGUAGAUUUCAUCUUGGUCCAUAAAGAAGAUCUGCAGGACUGGUUGUUCGUCCUGCUCACACAGCUGCUGAAGAAGAUGGGAGCUGACCUGCUGGGCUCCGUACAGGCCAAAGUGCAGAGAGCCCUUGAUAUCACACGAGAGUCUUUCCCCAAUGACCUGCAGUUUACUAUUCUCAUGAGGUUCACUGUGGACCAGACACAGACGCCCAACCUAAAGGUGAAGGUGGCGAUUCUGAAGUAUAUUGAGACGCUGACGUUACAGAUGGAAGCUCCAGACUUUGUGAACUCCAGUGAGACUCGGCUGGCCGUCUCCCGCAUCAUCACCUGGACGACUGAACCCAAAAGCUCUGACGUCAGAAAGGCGGCCCAGUCGGUGCUAAUCUCGUUGUUCCAGCUCAAUACGCCAGAGUUCACCAUGCUGCUAGCGGCUCUGCCCAAAACCUUUCAGGACGGAGCCACCAAGCUGCUUCAAAACCACCUGAAGAACACUGGCAACGUUGCACAGGCACCAAUGGGCAGCCCUCUGACACGCCACACCCCUCGAUCUCCCGCCAGCUGGUCCAGUCCGGUCACUUCCCCCACCAACACCUCGCAGAACACCCCAUCACCAAGUGCAUUUGACUAUGACACAGAGAACAUGAACUCAGAGGACAUCUACAGCUCGCUGAAAGGUGUCACUGAGGCAAUCCAGAACUUCAGUGUUCGCAGCCAAGAGGACAUGAAUGAACCAGUCCAACGGCGGGAGGGAGAGGAGGGGGACAGUGGGACAGACGGCAGAGACUCGAUGGACGGAGGCCGCAUGGCUCUGGACAACAAGACUUCCCUCCUCAACACCCCCCUGCUCUCCUCCAGCCCCCGAGGAGCCCGUGAGCACUUCUUAGACUCUCCCUUCAAACACAGCCGCAAAGACAGCAGUAUGGACGACUCUGAGCAUAUGACUGAUGAUAGCAGCUUGGACCAAUCAGAGCUGGUGGCUGAACUGCUGAAAGAGUUGUCCAAUCACAACGAGCGUAUUGAGGAGAGGAAGGCAGCGCUGUGCGAACUGCUCAAGCUGAUUCGUGAAAACACCUUGCAGGUGUGGGAUGAACAUUUCAAGACCAUCCUGCUACUCCUGCUCGAAACGAUGGGUGACAGAGAGCAUGUGAUCCGUACGCUGGCUCUGCGGGUGCUGAGGGAGAUUCUUGGUAAGCAGCCCUGGAGGUUCAAAAACUACGCAGAGCUCACCAUCAUGAAGGCCCUGGAGGCUCACAAAGACCCCCACAAGGAGGUGGUACGAGCGGCAGAGGAGACGGCAGCCAUGUUGGCGUUGUCCAUCAGUCCUGACCAGUGUAUCAAGGUGUUGUGUCCCAUCAUCCAGUCAGCUGACUACCCCAUCAACCUGGCUGCCAUCAAGAUGCAGACCAAAGUGGUGGAGAGACUUCCCCGUGAGGGCCUGGUCAGCCUGCUGCCUGAGAUAGUGCCAGGACUCAUACAGGGUUACGACAACUCUGAGAGCAGUGUGAGGAAAGCCUGUGUGUUCUGCUUGGUGGCCAUUUACGCAGUGAUCGGAGAGGACCUCAAACCGCACCUCAGCCAACUCUCCAGCAGCAAGCUGAAGCUGUUGAAUCUGUACAUCAAGCGUGCCCAGUCCGGCUCCAGCGGCAGUGAACCCCCUUCAGAGGGCCUAUAGGAGACACAGCGCCCUCCAACAGGGCAACCACAGAACUGCAACUCUACCCAGCAAACAUAAACAUCUGUUCAUGAGCUCACACCCACACAGACAGAGAACAAAACACACAUCCUAACACUCUCUCACAGGAAACAUUCACACAUAUGCUUGCGCACACACACACACACACACGCACACAGGUGCACACAGUCCUCAUACAUUUCCUGUCCCACUGCAAGAUGGGAGUUGUGGUGCAGAAGAGAGGAGUGUUGUAGUUCUCCCAACCAUCGGAUCCACUGAUCUCAGACUGAACUGAACCUUUAAAACAUAAACAGUCACAUUCUCCACCCAGUCACUAAUCACUCAAGGAUGAAGAUAUGAAGUGUCCGUCCUCUCCAGCUCCUUUGUAUCCCAAACACAACAGUAUCCCCUCUGAGUAACAUCUUGAUGUCAACAGGAAGUGGUGCAACUGCAUGUUCUCAUUUUUUUUUUUUGGUGGGGGGAGUUAAAGUUCAUAGAACACGGCUGAGACGAACGAAUGGUGCCGCCUUGUGUCUUUUCUUGAACAGCAAGUAACUGGGGCCAGGUAGACAGGAAUGUAAAUUUACAUUGUGUCAUAGUUUGGAUUUAUUUUACGCAAUGAGGUUUUACUGCAGCAGUUUUUAAUGUCUGGAGUUUUUUCUCUCUCACACACAAACUCCCUCUUUCAAAAAGGUGCUGAUUAGCCUAAAAGGUACGACCAACAAACCCUGCGCAGCACUAACACGAGUCACAGUGGGUCACGCCUGCUUAUAGCAAAUACAGUACAUAGGCAGAUUCCAAAGUAUAGGAGGCGUUGUGUGCUUGGCUAUGCAUGAGACUAAAUUUUAAAAAGAACUUUUUAUUGGAGUCCUAUUGACGGUCAGAAUGGUGCGACUGGGGUUUUAAAUUAAUGUGAACAAUGUCCGCCCCUUUCAGAAAAAUCUGUGGUGUUCUUCCGAUUCUCCCGACUGAUCUUGGAUCAGUCUACUUCUGGGCAACAUGGGGAGGAAGAUGGGUGCGUGCUGCUUACUACAUGAAGUAUGACAGGACAUGGCUUAUUAUCACAUAGUGGAUAUGUAUCUAUAUAUGAUAUUAAAAUGGAAUAUCCAAUAACAGUGUCAUUUAGGAGAGUCCCCUGGGGGGGUGCACAAGCGCACCUGUGCCCAUCCUUGUUUUUAUUUUCUCUCGUGGUCUCUCUCUCUCUCUCUCUCUCUCUCUCUCUCUCUCUCUCUCUCUCUCUCUCUCUCUCUCUCUCACACUUAUGUUUUCUCAGCUGAGGAAUUUGUAGAAAUGUAUUAUUUACAGCUCUGGAAAAAAAAAAACUGUCAUGUCACCCUCUUCUCUUCAUUGUGUCUUUCUUUCCUUCCUCUUCUUGUAACAUUCUAGUUUUCACUGUUGUUUCCUUCGUGCAUUUACAAAGCUGUGCUUACAAUAAAAUCAAGAACUUGUACAGAU